CACACAUUUACAUUCAAUAUGGCAGAUAAUGAUGUCUCUAUUAAACCGGAUCCCGAUGCAGUCUACUUGUCAUCAGAAGACAAAGCCACAGCUACUCCUAAACCAUCAGCAUCACAUCCUCAAUACAAGCAUAUGAUUAAAGACGCCAUUGUUGCAUUGAAAAAACGCGGAGGAUCUUCUCGUCAAGCUAUAUUAAAAUUCAUUGUUUCCAACUAUAAUGUCGGUGACAACCCAACUGUCAUUAACGCUCACCUGAAGUCCGCUCUUAAAGCUGGUGUAAAGGCUGGAACCUUGAAACAAUCUAAGGGUACUGGCGCUGCUGGUUCCUUCCGUCUUGGUGAGAAGGCCAAAAAGAAAUGUAAGGAUAAGAAAAAUGAAAUGCCUAAAAAGUGCUGCUUUUGUUAAAUCCAAGUACAAAAAGUGACAUUUGAGAAACGAAUACCAGUAAGCAGCCACCACAAUUACACAAUAUGGCAGUGAAAACUCAGCCACCAAAAGCCUAAACUAUGGUGUCCGCAGCUUCAAGCAGAAAUUCUUGCUUCUCAUUGAGAAAUAAAUUAUAAGGUCCUUUUUAGGGCCACAAUCUUUUCACGAAGAUUUUGUCCAUGACUAUUUAUAACUAACCACGGUAGACUGGGUAACAAUAUCGGCCCGGGAAUUACAAUAUCACUCGG